CUUGAGGACAGAUGUUUCCGCCCUUUUGUGAGGACGUCUGUUUUUUCGUUGCUUGACAAGUGUCGGAAUCGAGAAACUUGCGCCAAAGAUGCCGGAAGUACAGCAGCAAGCCGAUCAAGGCACCAACUGGGUGUCAACCGCAAAGUCGAUCGCGCAAACCGUUGGUAUUUUCAUGUUUGUGAACUUCGCCAUCAAACAAGUUACUGGAGGAGUUCAACAACAAGCAAAGGUCGACAAUGCUCCUGCUCCCUCUGUUGCUGCUGGCACUGGCCAGCAAGCCGCCGCCGCUCCUGGUUCAUACAAUGUAAUCCCUCAGAUGAUCAUGCCUCUAUGGCAGCAAAAUACCUCCAUGGACAUCAACAUGUAUGUCUCGCCCUCAUUCGCCAUGCCCGCUCUUAGUCAAAUGCCCGCCGAGUCCCUGGUCCUCCAAGAGCGCAACUACCACUACGGAGACUGGAACGACAAGCGUCACGUCCACACCAACAUCAACAUUCCUCAGUCGGUGCAAGAGAAUGGAACUCUUUGGGCCCACAUCUACAUCUCCCAGUCAGGCAGUGUCAUGGAUCCUACUCUGCCCGGCUACGAUACCUUCAAAGCCUACCGUGUUACCCGACCCCUGACCAACUACCUGGCCAAGAAGAAGAUCUCCAAGACUCGCAACCUGCUUGACUCUUCCGAAGCCGACGAAGAGGCCGAAACAGAGUCUACUGGUCCUGUCAUUUCCAACUACUACCACCCCAACUUCACUCUGUCCAUCAUCCCCAACGUCGGCACACCCGUCUACCCUCAGAUGCACCCGGCCAUGCGCCAGUUCGUCUCCUUGGAGGCUACUGGUGCCCGCGAUGAGUCCGGUCAGAAUGCUUGGUAUUACCCUGUCCUCUACCUCAACACUUUCUGGCAACUUCGUUCUCAGAUGACCGAACUCAACUCGACCGUGACCGAAAUGCCUCUUAACCUGGAUCUGCAAACCGACCCCAACUGGAAGUUCAGUGUCAUGGCAAGCAUGGAUGAGGGUAUGAAGGAGAAUGCCAGAAAGAUUGCCCGUGGAGAAACAACCCCUGGAGGCGGUGAUGGUAGCGAGCUGGAGAUGAUCAAGGAGGUCCUUCUUGACACUAACAUGUACCUCCUCGGCAUUACUGGAUUCGUCAGUAUCCUCCACAUGAUCUUCGAAAUGUUGGCCUUCAAGAACGAUGUCAGCCAUUGGCGCAAGAAGAAGGACAACAUUGGUACCUCCGUCCGCACCAUUCUCGCCAACGUCUUCAUGCAGAGCGUCAUCUUCCUCUACCUUAUGGACAACAAUGAGAAUACUUCCUGGAUGAUUCUCUUCGGUCAAGGUAUGGGAAUCGCUAUCGAAGCCUGGAAGGUCACCAAGGCCGUCGACGUUCGCGUGCGUGCCGCCCCCGAAGGCUCUCUGAUCCCGUAUCGCGUCGUCUUCGAGGACAAGCACAAGCUUUCCGAUGUCGAGAAGAAGACACAGGAGUACGACGAGAUUGCUUUCCGCUAUCUGUACAUGGUCGCAGUACCGCUUCUGCUGGCAUACGCUGGAUACUCCCUUGUCUACGAGACUCACAAGAGCUGGUACAGUUUCAUCAUCGCUACUCUGGUCGGAUCUGUCUACGCUUACGGCUUCCUCAUGAUGGUGCCAAGCUUGUACAUCAACUACCGCUUGAAGAGUGUUGCACACAUGCCUGCAAAGGCCAUGACCUACAAGUUCCUCAACACUUUCAUUGAUGACCUGUUCGCUUUCACCAUCAAGAUGCCUACUCUGCAUCGUCUGGCCACACUGCGUGACGAUGUCAUUUUCUUCGUUUACCUCUACCAGGCUUGGGCAUAUAAGGUCGACCACACCCGUGUCAACGAGUUUGGUCAGGGUGGUGACGACGAGGAAGUUGAGGAGAAGAUCACCAACCAGCCCUUGAAGUCUGCACCUGAAGAGGACUCGGCUCCUGUCAAGACUGAAGCUUCUACCUCGGGAAUUCAGAGCAAGAGCGGUGCUUCGAGAAAGAGAAAGUAAACGGCUCGUCUGUCAGAAGAGGAGCGCUUGCUUCUAUGUCUCAAGCCAUUCGAUAUCUUAUGAUUUAGCGUCAGCAUCUGUAUGUAAUGGAAAAUCAUCGAAUACCUUUUUGCGAAUAUGAUUUUCUCCCGCGCUGGUGCGCACUCCUCAAUCGUGAAUCCUGCAGAAAGCUCCGGUCGCAUCUUCAUUCCUCUACCACAACCACGAAAGAAUACCAUCAAGAUCAUCACGAC